AUGUUUGUAGGUCUCAUCGAUACCGCCGUAAAAACCGCCGAAACCGGUUACAUCCAACGUCGUUUGAUAAAGGCUAUGGAAAGCGUGAUGGUACAUUACGACGGUACCGUUAGAAAUUCCGUGGGACAACUGAUCCAAUUGAGGUACGGGGAAGACGGAUUGUGCGGCGAAAUGGUGGAAUUCCAAACUCUACCGACCGUCAAAUUGAGCAACAAAGCCUUCGAAAGAAAAUUCCGAUUCGAUCCGAGCAACGAGAGAUACCUGAGGAGGGUGUUCAACGAAGAGGUGAUAAAACAGUUGAUGGGAUCCGGAGAGGUCAUAUCCGAAUUGGAAAGGGAAUGGGAGCAGCUCCAGAAGGACCGGGAGGCCUUGAGACAGAUCUUCCCCAGCGGCGAGUCCAAGGUGGUGCUACCCUGCAACUUGCAACGGAUGAUCUGGAACGUGCAGAAAAUCUUCCACAUAAACAAACGCGCCCCGACGGACCUGUCGCCGCUGCGGGUCAUACAGGGCGUCAGGGAGCUGCUCAAAAAAUGCAUCAUAGUGGCGGGGGACGAUCGGCUCUCUAAGCAAGCCAACGAAAACGCCACGCUGCUUUUCCAAUGUCUGGUUAGGGCUACGCUAUGCACGAAGUGCGUUUCCGAAGAGUUCAGACUCAGCACCGAAGCUUUCGAAUGGUUGAUAGGAGAAAUCGAGACCAGAUUCCAGCAGGCUCAAGCUAAUCCCGGCGAGAUGGUCGGCGCUUUGGCGGCGCAAUCUCUUGGAGAACCCGCCACCCAGAUGACGCUCAAUACUUUCCAUUUCGCCGGGGUGUCUUCGAAGAACGUAACGCUCGGUGUGCCCAGGUUGAAGGAGAUUAUUAAUAUUUCCAAAAAACCGAAGGCUCCUUCUUUGACGGUGUUUUUGACAGGCGCCGCCGCUAGGGACGCCGAAAAGGCCAAGAACGUUCUCUGCAGACUCGAACAUACCACUUUACGUAAAGUAACCGCCAACACCGCCAUCUAUUACGAUCCCGAUCCCCAGAACACCGUCAUACCGGAAGACCAAGAAUUCGUUAACGUCUACUACGAAAUGCCCGAUUUCGACCCGACCCGCAUAUCCCCGUGGCUGCUCCGCAUCGAAUUAGACAGAAAAAGAAUGACCGACAAAAAACUCACCAUGGAACAAAUCGCCGAAAAGAUCAACGCCGGCUUCGGCGACGAUCUCAAUUGCAUAUUCAACGACGACAACGCCGAAAAACUGGUCCUGCGCAUCAGGAUAAUGAACAGCGACGACGGCAAAUUCGGCGAAGGCGCCGACGAAGACGUCGACAAAAUGGACGACGACAUGUUUUUGAGGUGCAUCGAAGCGAACAUGCUCAGCGACAUGACUCUCCAGGGUAUAGAAGCCAUAUCUAAGGUGUACAUGCAUUUGCCGCAGACCGAUUCCAAAAAGAGAAUAGUCAUCACGGAAACCGGCGAAUUUAAGGCCAUAGCCGAAUGGUUAUUAGAAACCGACGGUACCAGCAUGAUGAAAGUACUUUCGGAAAGGGACGUGGAUCCGGUCAGGACAUUUUCUAACGAUAUUUGUGAAAUAUUCUCGGUAUUGGGUAUAGAAGCCGUCCGUAAAUCCGUUGAAAAAGAAAUGAACGCCGUACUCCAAUUCUACGGUUUGUACGUAAACUACCGACAUCUCGCUCUUCUUUGCGACGUAAUGACAGCGAAAGGUCACUUGAUGGCCAUCACUCGUCACGGUAUUAACCGACAAGAUACCGGCGCUUUGAUGAGAUGUUCCUUCGAAGAAACCGUCGACGUGUUAAUGGACGCCGCCAGUCACGCGGAGGUCGAUCCGAUGAGAGGCGUAUCCGAAAAUAUAAUAUUGGGUCAAUUACCGAGAAUGGGUACCGGUUGUUUCGAUCUUUUAUUGGACGCCGAAAAAUGCAAAAUGGGUAUUCCCAUACCGCAAGCGCACAGCAGCGAUAUUCUCUCUUCCGGUAUGUUCUUCGGAUCGGUCGCUACUCCGAAUAGUAUGAGUCCGGGUGGGGCGAUGACUCCUUGGGCUCAAGCGGCUACCCCUUACGUCGGUAGCGUCUGGUCGCCACAAAAUCUAAUGGGAAGCGGUAUGACACCCGGCGGAGCUGCUUUUUCUCCAUCCGCCGCUUCAGACGCGUCUGGUAUGUCGCCGGCUUACGGAGCUUGGUCGCCAACACCGCAAUCCCCCGCUAUGUCGCCUUAUAUGGCGUCGCCGCGCGGUCAAUCGCCUUCUUACAGUCCGGCAUUCCAAGCAACCUCGCCAUCAAUGGCGCCCGCUUCGCCGGGAUAUUCACCAAGUUCACCAGGGUAUUCACCUACUAGUCCGAAUUACAGUCCGACGAGUCCCAAUUACUCGCCGGCGUCGCCUAGUUAUUCUCCAACAUCUAACAGUUAUUCACCGACAUCUCCGAGUUAUUCGCCAACAUCUCCCAGUUAUUCCACCUCGCCCGGAUAUUCACCUUCGUCUCCUAGUUAUUCCCCAACUUCGCCCGGUUAUUCGCCCAAUUCUCCGAGCUAUUCACCGACGUCGCCUAGUUAUUCACCUACGCCAAGUUACAGUCCGACUUCGCCGAGUUAUUCGCCGGCGUCGCCGAAUUAUUCGCCAACAUCCCCAAAUUACUCGCCCACUUCACCAAAUUAUUCUCACAGAUCACCAAAUUACAGUCCGACUUCACCGAGUUAUUCGCCUUCGUCUCCUAGAUACGCGGGUUCUCCUAGUUUUUCACAAUCGCCAAAUUAUUCACCUUCUUCUCCUCAAUAUUCGCCCGGUUCUCCGAGUUAUUCACCCUCUUCGGCGAAAUAUUCCCCUACGUCUCCGAAUUAUUCUCCCACUUCCCCUUCAUUUUCAGGCGGCAGUCCGCAGUAUUCGCCCACGUCGCCUAAUUAUUCACCUACUUCUCCUAAUUAUUCCCCGUCGAGUCCGCAGCACACUCCGGCGGCUAGUAGCACAUAUUCACCUUCUUCUCCCGGUUAUUCGGCCAGUUCUCCCAAUUAUUCCCCCACUUCACACUAUUCCUCUUCGCAUAGUACGAAUUAUUCACCGACCAGUCCUUCUUACACUCCCCAAAGUCCUAGUUAUUCACCAGCUUCUCCCAACUAUUCACCACCACCUCCAAGGUAUUCGCCAUCGUCUCCUAAUUUUUCGCCUAGCAGUCCUGGCCAGGACGAUUAGUUUUAGAUUUAAGUUAGUUUUAUCCUGGGGUGAUUCUAUUAUCGUUUAUCAAAAUACGUAUACAGGGGAAGUUCGAAGAAUUUUCUGUAAAGUUGAAAAAAAUGUACAAAAAAAAAAUAGGAAAAUGUUGAGAUGUUGGGUAGAAACGCCACAGAUUUCCGCUGUGUAUGUAUAGCUAAUCAUAUUUUUAUUAAAUUUAGAGUUUGUUAAAUUUUUUUUCUCAAAUAAAGUAUCAAAAUGUAA